AUGACAACGAAGGAGGAGGUGCACGAGGCCCUGAAAGACGCAGCGGGAGCCGAUUGUGAGAUCUCCUUAGAAGCGAUCAGAUCCCUCCGCAAGGCUUAUGGAGGCACACAGACCGCAACGCUCAACCUCAACCAUUGUGAGGAGGCACAUGAUCUUCUUAUGCAGACGGUGCGGGAGCUGAAGAUCGAUCUGGUUAUCAUUUCGGAGCCAUACAGAAGUCUCGACACUCAACUCUGGGAGACGGAUAAGAGCCGUAAGGCCGUAAUCUGGUCUUGCGGCAAGUACCCGUUUCAGGAUGUUGCAAUGACGGGAGAGGCUGGAUUUGUGGUACUGAAGCUGGGAGGAAUUCAUUUCUACAGCUGUUAUGGUCCGUCGACCCUCACCUUCGAUGAAUUCGCAGACUUUCUGGACAGACGGAGUGCAAAUGCGAAGCAGAAAUCUUUCGUGGCAAUUGCUGGAGACUUCAACGCCUGGGCAGUCGACUGGGCAGUAGCUGACAUCUACACUGCCAGUGAUCAUCGUGCGAUACUCUGGGAGGUAGCCUCCGGCCGAAGGACCAGGCUGGUGCCAAAGAAGAGGAAUGCAAUAGGCUGGAAAGUGAGCACAUUCGACUCGAGCACCUUCCUAAUUGCUUUCGACGACUGUCCGAUCCCCGGCAGCAAUGCCAAGGAGAAGACAGACGAUAUCAUGAGGAGAGUUACUGAUGCGUGUGAUGCUAGCAUGUCCAGAAAACGAGCUAGCAAUCAUCACCCACCAGUGUACUGGUGGAACAACACCAUCGCCGACUUACGGAAGGAGUGCAAUGCAGCGAGAAGAUCGUCUCAACGUGGCUAUAACAAGCCGAAUUGUAAGGAGUGGGAAACGAGAUACAAGAAGCCACGCCGGAAGUUUACCAAGGCCAUCAAAAGGAGCAAGAAGAAGACAUGGAAUGAGCUCCCGGCGGAAGUGGAGGGUGAUCCAUGGGGUCGGCCAUACAAGACCAUGAUGACUCGACUUAAAAGUCAACCGAUGCCAUCGCCAACAUGUCCGGAAGUCAUGGAAAAAAUCGUCACAGUGCUGUUCCCACAACAGUCGUUGCUGCAACGGGGCGUUGAACGGGAAGAGGAAGAACUGGUCCCACUGAUAACUGAGGCAGAACUGUUAGAGGCUUGCAGUAGAGUGGGUAACACCAAGGCCCCUGGGGUGGAUGAUGUCCCAAACGUUGCAUUAAAAUCACCUAUCCCGGCAAAACCGAGAUUGUUCCUCCACGCAUAG